UUGCUACAUUCACCAUAACUAUCGAAUUUCUUCAAUACUGUGUUUAAUUUCCUUUCUUCCCACUGUAGUUGGUGUCAUGCAAGAAUCUAUUCUCCCUGAGUAAAACUGAAAGAUAAUGGAAGACUGAUGAUCAGAGAAUUAUAAAUCUGAAAUUGAGCAUCACCAUCCUGAACAACAGAGCCUUGGCUGGCAUAAACUACUGAUACAGACAAAGGCACCAUCCACAAUAAUCAACUUCCUGCUUUUAUUUCAAUCGGACAAUCGUGAUUAGAAAAGCUCCUGUGGCAAAAUUCAAGGAAAUCUGAUAUAAAUGAGUAACAACUCAACAUGUUGUAUUCAACCAUCCAAGAUCUCUUACAUGGCUUUACCGAUCAUUUAUACCUUCCUUUGUAUCAUUGGUCUGUUUGGAAAUUCUCUCUCCCAGUGGAUAUUUUUAACAAAAAUAGCUAAGAAAACAUCAACACACAUCUACCUAGCACAUCUUGUGACUGCAAACUUACUUGUGUGCACUGCCAUGCCUUUCAUGGGUAUCUAUUUCCUGAAAGGUUUUCAGUGGGAAUAUCAUUCUCCACAAUGCAGGGUGGUCAAUUUUUUGGGAACUCUAUCCAUGCAUGUAAGUAUGUUUGUCAGCCUCUUAAUUUUAAGCUGGAUUGCCAUAAGCCGCUAUGCUACCUUAAUGAAAAAGGAUUCCACACAAGAGACCACUUCGUGCUACGAGAAAGUAUUUUACGGCCACUUACUGAAAAAAUUUCGCCAGCCCAACUUUGCCAGAAAACUAUGUGUUUACAUAUGGAUAGUUGUUCUAGGCAUAAUUAUUCCAAUUAUCAUAUACUACUCGGUUGAAGAGGCUACAAAAGGGGAAGAGACGAAGUGCUAUAAUUUACAGAUGGAACUAGGAGCUGAGAUCUCUCAGACUGCAGGCCUCAUUGGAACCACAUUUAUUGGGUUUUCAUUUUUAGUUGUCCUAACAUCAUACUACUCUUUUGUCAACCAUCUGAGAAAAAUAAGGACUUGUACAUCCAUUACAGAGAAAGAUCUGACUUACAGCUCUGUGAAAAGGCAUCUUUUGGUCAUUCAGAUUCUACUAAUAGUUUGCUUCCUUCCAUACAGUAUUUUUAAACCCAUUUUUUUUGUUGUAUACCAAAGAAUGGAGUGUCAGCAACUGAAUCACUUAAUUGAAAUAAAAAACAUCCUCACCUGCCUUGCAUCAGCCAGAAGCAGCACAGACCCCAUUAUAUUUCUUUUUUUAGAUAAAACAUUCAAGAAGACACUAUACAGUCUCUUUACAAAACCUGAUGCACCCCAUCUGCAACCCUCUGAUUGAUUUCUGAAU